CUCCUUCAGUCUCUCUCUCUCUCCCUCUUCAGUCUGUCAGAGGCUUCAGCUCAGCUCAGUUCAGCAGCAGCGGAAGUGGAAAAACUUGCAGCAGAAGCGCACAAACUAAACCCAGCGGCCACCUGCGAUGCUCCUGGAUGCUCCUCCGCUUUUAAACCUCCUCUUCCCUCUUUUUCUUCUUCUUCUUCUUCUCUUCUCUCUGCUGUCCCGGGGAGACGCACACGUUCACUCUCCGAUGUGAGUUCGUCCGUGCGCAAUAGUCCGGCUCCGUGCGCGCCGUCAUGGCUUACCAGCCUCAGGGUUUCCUCUUCCAGCCGUCCGUGUCGCUGGCUCUGCACUCCUGUCCGUCCUUCGGCUCCGGGGUCAUCUUAGGGCCGAGGACGGAGGAGCUCGGCCGCUCCUCUUCGGGCUCAGCCUUCGCUCCGUACUCGGGAUCGGCGACCUCUCCCGGCUUCAACUCGCACCUCCCGUACGGCGGGGAGCCCCGGGCCGCCGCCACCCUCAACUCCUUCGUGAGUCCUGGUUAUGAUCCGUCCUCGGGCAUCUCCGGCUCCUUAGAUUACCACCCGUUCGGGGCCCUGGGGCCAUACCCAUACGGAGACCCCACCUACAGGAAGAACGCCACGCGGGACGCCACGGCCACGCUGAAGGCCUGGCUGAAUGAGCACCGGAAGAACCCGUACCCCACCAAGGGGGAAAAGAUCAUGCUGGCCAUCAUCACCAAGAUGACCCUCACUCAGGUGUCCACCUGGUUCGCCAACGCUCGCCGGAGGCUGAAGAAGGAGAACAAGAUGACCUGGACCCCCAGAAACAGGAGCGAGGACGAGGAGGAGGAGGACAACAUCGACCUGGAGCGGAAUGACGAGGACGAGGAGCCGCUGAAGCCCAACAACGACGAGCCGGAGACGAAGAGCGAAGCCGCCGUCCGCCGCUCGCCGUCCGUUGGAGACUCCUGUGUGCUGAUGUUCAGAGACGACAGCGGCAGCAGCAGUGACGCCGAUCGAGGGUUCACUGACGCGGACUUUAAAGACUCCGGGGACGGGAGGCCGCCCCACAUCCCGGGCCACACCUCCACAGGGGCCCCUCCCCAGAACUCACCCCCGGGGACGGUCAGAGUGCUGGAGCCAGAGCACACGCCGGGGCCGCCGUCUAAGGAGCACGCCGACUCCUGCAACGCCAUUCAGGGGCCAAACCCGGCCCCUAAACCCAAACUGUGGUCCCUGGCAGAGAUCGCCACAUCUUCGGAUAAAAGUAAAGGAUCUAAUGACUGUUCACAAAGCGGAGGGGCGGGACAGCAGCAGGCCUCAGCCCACCCCUCGUCCACAAGCCGGACCCCGUUCCCCCACAGCCCCGCCCUGCCCCGACACCUCUACUACACCGCCCCCUUCAUCCCCGGAUACUCCAGCUUUGGCCCCCUGGGGCCCCUGCAUGGCAGCCCCGGCUCACACUUGGCCUCCACGACGCAUUUAAACGGAUUACACCAGACGAUGCUGCAGAGAGCCGAGGCCAUAGCCAGAGACUGCAAACUGCGCAGUCAUGAACUGAAGAAAGGCAUGACGAACAUGCAGACCUGAAGGGCCGUUAAAAACUUUAUUUACUCGGACCGUUUGUGGGAUCCUCCUCAGAAACACCCUGGAUAUAAAAAAACUAUUGAACAGAGACAAAAGGCCCAUCUGAGGCCCCUGACUUUUAUUUAGAAAAACAAAUGUUCAUUUUUAGACGCAGUUUUUCUAUGUUGAUAAGAUGUAAUCUUUGUAGUGCGUUUCUGCACAGAACAUGAAGCAUCAUUAAAAGAUAGUUUUAUUAAUACAGAACUGACCACCGGCCAUGUGUCAAAUUAAAUUUGCCUCAAAUCGAAGCUCGACAUUCAAAACUGCUCAGGAAAAAGAUGAACAGGAGCUUUUCAAUUUGAUUUAUUUUUCCAGGAGAACUUCUCCUGCUGGAGAAUAACAGUUUAACCACAGUUUGAGGAGGAUGUUUGCACAUCCCAAAAAGUCUAAAAAUUGAUUGAAUUCAGCACUUUAAUUAAGUGGUUGGAUCAAAAUAAUGUAAUUCAUCGUUAAGG